AUGAAGUUCUUCAUCCCCACUCUUUUCCUCGCUGCCACUGCCAUGGCUCUGCCUGGCCACCCCGGCUCCAGCAACGAGGUCAGCCCAUCCUCCGACAACGAGGUUGAGAACGCCAUCAACCAAUGUGGCAACUCUGGCGAUCUGAAGUGUUGCAACAACGUCGACGAGACUGGAGACGUUACCAACGCUGGUCUCCUAUCCAAUGUUCUCGGUGGCCAUGGCCUCGGUCUCGGAGAUGGCUGUAGCUCCCUGAACGUUCCUGUCAAUGUCAUCGGUGCUGCCGGUCUCACUGACUUCCUGAAGAGCAACUGCAAGCAGCAAGUUGCCUGCUGCCAGAACAGCAACUCCCAGGCUAACAACAACCUUGUCGGUGUCGCACUCCCCUGUGUCAGCUUCGGUAGCCUUCUCUAA